AUGUUGCCCCAGGCGUUAUUACUUCUGCUAGUGGCUUUCCUGGCUUCCCCGCUGCAAGUUAAUGGCACAGUACCGACGCGGCUUGUAGUCCCUUCCGCGCAGCACAUCUCGCUGCCAGCUAUUCCAGGGUCAUCCCCUCGAAUACAGAAGCGAGCUUUGAACGAAACGAACAUUGGAAUAACGUCUGCUAUUCUGGCAAGCGACGGACAAUCGUAUUAUUCGAUUAUCGAGGUCGGCGGGAUGAAUUUCAGGGUGGCUUUGGACACGGCUUCGUCAGAUCUUUGGCUUGCAUCUUCUGCAUGCACAACGGAGACUUGCAAUGCUAUCCCGCGGUACCCUCUCUCGUACGAGAGCCCUUCGUUCGCAGCCGUCAAUGGAAAUCAAACUUCUUUCAAUGCUAGCUACGCAGACGGGACAUCUUCCAACGGCUUCAUUGCUCGCGAGAGGGUGACUAUAGCCAAUUUAACAAUCCCGGACCAGACGAUGGGGAUCAUUACCGAUUCCAACGUCACUCUUACGGAUAGAACGACUGGAUUACUUGGACUGGGUUUCCCCCGCCUCUCUAGUGUAAAUCAAACCGUCACAAACUCUACUCCGUUCUUGGUAAACCUCGCCCAACGAGGCCUCUUGGAAUACCCUCUAUUCGGACUUCAUCUUACCAGAAAUACCUCCGGCACAAUCUCGCUCGGGGCUAUCGAUGCUUCCGUUGUAAUGCAGCCAGCCAACAUUUCAUGGAACCCAGUUGUUCAAUUUGCCCCGUUCGCCUCCGAAAGUAAUGUAUCUUCUUAUCUCCAAUGGGCUAUCCCUUUGGGCGGAUUCUCUGUAAACCAUACUCGGUUGGCACCGAUGCCGACAUAUACCAAUGUCACAAACAAUAUGUCUAUUGCCUUGAUUGACAUCGGAACGCCCGGGCUAUAUGGACCUUUCCAAGAUGUCUCCCGCCUUUUCUCAUUGAUUGAUGGAGCCCGGCUUGUUGACACUUCUGGACAAUGGGCCAUCCCGUGUGACACUUCUGUACCGAUAUCCUUUACCUUCGGCGGUGUGAGUUAUGAUCUACAACCCUAUGAGUAUAUCAUCGGUCCCGCCGCUGGCAACCCGAAUCUUUGCCUGAGUUGGCCAAUGGCGGCGCCCCUCAGCUCAGAUGGCAUCGACUGGCAAAUCGGUGCCAGCUUCCUACGCAGUGUGUACUCGAUCUUCAGCUACGGUAUCAACCGCAAGGAACCCCCGAUGAUUGGCUUCUAUUCCCUCCGCAACCAAACUGCUGCGCCGUCGCCCAUAGAUGCCGUCUCCUCUGUAUUCGAAUUCAUCUCUGGUAUCUCCACCGUUGCCACCACCCUUCCCAACUUCCCCCUCCCCACGCCAACCUUUACCACCCCUCCCUACGCAUUCAACGCCUCAGUCCCAACCUCGAAUGGCGGCAUCGUAUCCUCCGGUCUGGCGACAAGCACCUACUAA